AUGGUAGAGCGCCUCCCCGAGACCCGAGGGAUGACUCCCUCACCUGCCAGGGCCCAUCUUGAGGAAGGUCCUGGAGAGUAUGAUGGCAGUCCUCAACCCCCCUCACCUGUCGACCUACCGCAAGUGCUGAAUCCACCUCGACCCCAAAACAAGUCAAAACACAGCCGCUGCAAAAACAAGAUCAAAAAGAAAAUGAAGGUGUCCAUCAAAAUAGCCUCCCUCAAUAUGAACAGCAGAGGCGUCACCGACCCGACAAAUCCCACUAGCAAAUGGGGCGACAUACAUCAACUAAUCAAAGACAAGCGUAUUGGCGCUUUAGCCUUGCAAGAAACGCAUCUUGCACCCGAAGAUACAGCUCGCCUCCUCCAAAUCUUUGGCAAGCAUCUCCACAUCAUCUCCUCCCCCGACCCGCUGAGCAUCAGCACUCGAGGAGUCGCCCUUGUUCUCAACAAAGACAUCACAAACACCGCGAACGUCCGAUCUACAGAAGUAAUCCCCAGUCGUGCCCUCCUGGUCACUCUCCCAUGGCACGGCACACUCACUCUCCAUAUCCUCGUGGUUUAUGCACCAAACCAGUCAACACCAAACUGUAAAUUCUGGCAGAACCUGCAAACAAAGUGGUCAGAAAUGGGCCUACCAACCCCGGACCUCUUCCUCGGAGACUUCAACCUUGUAGAAGACCAACUCGACCACUCACCCUGUCAUGGUGAUGCAUUAGCAGUGACCACCGCCCUUCAAGAUCUUCGCACAUUCUUUGGCACACAAGAUGGAUGGCGCCUCACCAACCCAGAAGACCAGAACUUUACCUACCCCGUCUUGGGAACCAGCAGCAGAUCCCGCAUAGACCGCAUCUACAUCUCAGAAGAACUAUUUCCCACAUCCCUAGACUGGUCAAUUAAAGACACCGCGGUAUGCACAGACCACAAACUCACCUUCAUCCGAAUCUUCAAUCUCAAGGCCCCCUUCAUCGGGAAAGGCUGCUGA